ACAUCUAUGGGAGUUCAAGGUGUACAACAAUUGCAAUCAUAUUGGCCUCGUUUACCUUGAAAAUGAGAAAGUUAAUUUGUUCUGAAAAUAAUCUGGUGUCAUUAUAUCAGACAGUUUAAUUCGGUGUUUACCUGUGGUCGAAACCGGCCCAUUUACAACACAACAUCGUGCUGCAUAUAUUCGAUAGGUGUAGGGCUCCAUGCAUUAAGGUACUCGACUGUACAGGGGUCUUGAUUAUACUGAUUUUGUGUACAGGAGACAUGAUUUACGAUGCUAUCGUAUGUUAUUCAUAAUAUAUAAUCCUGUGCAGUUUAUAUUGAGUCGGCACUUCAAAAGGACGUUUCAUUCUUUGUGUACCUUGUUCAUCACUGCUAGUGUUUUGGGGAGAUUAGUCAAUCUUAUCCCGUUCCAAAACCGGACUAGAAGUGUGUGCUCAGAUGGGGAAAACCUUGGUCAAAGUUGCCUAUUUGAGGGAUGCCAGGGUUUAAAUCGCCUCCCGCUAUCAAGUGAGAACGGAAUUUCUAUUGUCCGCUUUUGAUCUCCAAAUGGAGAAAAGAAAAGAUUGAUACAUGGAGAUAGUUUAUUGAAUUUCUGAAUUAAGGUAAAUUCAAGCAUAAUAUUCGGAAAUUCGUAUAUCGUUGACAGUUACAAAGCCAAGAUGCUUGCCAACCAAGGCCCACGUGAAAAGACAGAAAUUAUUGCCAUGGAUUUCCUUAAACAGAGACCAAAAUCAGCGACCAUGAGACUCCGAAACAUCGACAGUUCCCUGAGUGAUCACAGACUGCGGCUCCCGUCUGUCCAAUCAGCGGUCAGCCAAUUCGUACAGCUCAGCAAAGGUAACCGUAGCGCUGGGUCAAGGACGCUCGCUGUCACCCUCCCUGACCCAGAGUCUCAAUGUGAGCAGAUUGUAGGGGAGGACGGGGCGGCGCGGAUGCGUUAUACACACGGCACCCCGUGUGACGCCGACUUGAUGAGCAAAGAACGCUUCAAGACGAUGACGUUGUUGUACCACGAGCUAGCAAUGGAUUCGGUCGACGUCGUGUUCGAUGCAAACAACCCGGAAUCUCGUCGAAGCUGCUCACCGAGAAAGAUGAUUGCUGGAAGUCCGACAUUGCAAGGUAUGCAGGCUCAGAUCGAGUCACUGGCAGAGAGCUUCGCGAGCCGCUGCAAUAUUCCAAAGAGCAGAUCGUUACCAGAAGCUUCCUUUUUUCACAGUCUUCAGUCGAUGACGUCAUCUGAGGACCGAAAGGCGUCACAUGUACAAAACAAACCAAAUGAUAACCAUGAUAAAAGAGAAGAUGAUACAAUUGUUUAUGAAAAGCUACCUCCAGUUGUGACACCGUCUAUAGACGGAAAUGAAACUCCUGUAUUCAAAGAUAUUGACGCAACCGACUUUAAAGAGACCGGAAGUGAACGACGCCACACAUGUCGAAAGAAAUCAGUAAAAAUCAAACAUGGAAAGAAAAGCAAGAAAAAAGAAGCCGAUGAUCACCAUGACUUUGUCGUCACUGAUGGCGUCAUCAAUCCGGAUAUACACAGAGACGCUUACAUCCGGGCUUUGCAAGACGCCAGAUCAAAAUAUUUCCGAAAAGCGCAACCAAAUUCCUUUGUCACCGAACCGUACAAAUUUUCUUAUUUUGAUGUUACCAACAAAAAUGAAAAGGGUAAGCUUCCGAAAGAGAGAGAUUUUCGAAACUAUGUUGGAAUGCGAAGAAUUUUUGGUGAUAUUCGAUUGGAUGAUUAUUAUUCUCUCAGAUAUACGGGAAAAUAUAUUUCCAAAAAACCGGAAGUGAGGACUUUACUAAAAGACAAUGUAUAAUACUACUUAUUUAAUUUUCAUUUCUUGGUGCUAAUUUUAUUGAUUUUUAUAUAGAAAUAAGCCCAUGUCUUGUCUGUUACUACAAAUAGUAAUUUUAUUGAAGAAAAUUUUUAGCAAAAAUUGAGACAAUUAAGGCUUUAAAACUAUUUAAGUAUUUAAAGCUUUUGAAUCUUACAUAUUUCAUGUUUUGAACACAAUUUUCAGCGCUCACUAUGUACUUAAUUGACUUUAUACCCGUUGUUUCUAAAUGACUUUACAUUUACACAUUGUUAAUUGCCAAGCAAAACGCACAAUUCAUUUUAUGAGAAUUUCAUGGACUGAGCACCUUUGUUGAUCAAAACAGAUCCAAGUAAAUAAAUUUGUGUUUACCCGAAUUACGAAGUGUUGCGUGCAUGAUUGCGAACGAUACAGGUACACAGCAUAGAUAAUUAAUGGUACAGAAAAGUCAAUGUUUUACGGGCCGGGAUAUUCUCAGUAUUAUUUCUGAGCGCCAUGAUUUCUCCUUCCAAUUCCACAUGAAU